AUCUUUUUUCUUCGUCAUUUUGACAGUUUCUACGUCAGUCGAUGUUUAUAAAUUUUGUAUUUUUCUGUAAAAGCAAUCUUGAGAUUUUGAAACCCGUAUUUCAAAAAAUACAAAAUUUUGCUCGAUAAUGGAAAUAAAGCUUGGGGUGGAUACUUUGCUGAUGUGCCGCAUUUGUCUUCAAAGUAGUGAAGAAGGGGAGGAAAUGGCAUCUAUCUUCGAUCAAGAUGCGGACUCGGUGUGCCUUUACGAGAAAAUUGAAACCUGUGGAGGCAUAAAGAUCCUAACCGAGCCGGAGCUUCCGACGCGUAUCUGCAAAAAGUGCAAUGCUUUCCUCACUAUUGCUCAUAAAUUUCGUAUUAUAUGCAAAAAUUCUGACGAUUAUUUACGGGAAUUCUUCUUUAAAUCUUCUGAGCCCGACGAAGAGGAAGACAAUAACUCAGAGUAUGUAAUGGAAUAUAACUCGAAAGAAAUUAAUGCACAAGUAACAAAGCAAACCGAGCACAUGGCUAAUGAAACACAAAAUGCAACAGAUUAUGAAGGGUUGGCAAUUUACUCAGAAAUGUGGAUACAGGAUGAAGCGAAUGAAGAUGAUUUGAUCGUCGAGGAUCUUGGAGAAAGCUCACAGCAUUCUCAUAGCAUCCAGGAGCAGAAACCAAACCCCAGCCCAUCAAAGAAGACGCAUGGUAUCACAUCGAAUGGUGCUGCGGUUAAACGUACAAAAAAUGAAAGGAAACUCAACAAAGAAAAACAUGUACAUAUAUGCGACAUCUGCGGUAAUAUAUAUCCCCGUAAGUAUGCGCUGGAGUCGCAUAUGAGACGUCAUCGCAACGAGCUUCCAUACGAGUGCGAAAUCUGUGGCCAAUCGUUUCACCUCAAUUACCAACUGACACGACAUAUACGGAAACAUACUGGAGUGCGGCCAUACGCGUGUCAGUAUUGCAAACGAACAUUUUCUGACCGUUCAACAAUGCGUAAGCAUGAGAGAAUACAUCGAAAUGAACGGCCGUACACUUGCGAUAUCUGUGGGAAAAGUUUUACGUAUUCAGGCGUUUUGAAGGUGCAUACGCUAACGCACACAGGCGAAAAACCUUUUACCUGUGGCAUUUGUGGUAAACGAUUUGCACAAGGUUAUCAUCUUCGAGCGCACCUACAAACACUGCUGCAUCAGAACGAUCCUCGCUCUAAAACACUGCUCAAGCAAAUUAGGCGUGAGGAAUAUCAAAUGUCUGUUAAUGAAAGGUGUUAUUGCAUCAUGGUGAAAACUAAGCUGGAAUUGGAUGCACCGACUAUUGUGUGCCGCAUUUGUCUUCAAAGCGGAGAAACGGGAGAAGAAAUGGCAUCUAUCUUCGACAAGGAUGCGGACUCGGUAUACCUAUACAAGAAAAUUGAGCGUUGUGGAGGCAUAAAGAUCCUUACCGAGCCGAAACUUCCUACAAAUAUAUGCAAGAAGUGCAAUGCUUUCCUAAUAAUUGCUCACAAAUUCCGAAUUAUAUGCAAAAAUUCCGACGAUUAUUUACGAAAAUUUGUCUGCAAAUCCUCUAAUCCCAACAAAAAUGAAGAAAACCAGCCCCAAUAUAUCCAGGAAUACAGUGAAAAAACAGAAGUACUAAAUGCUGAAGAACCCCCCGUAAAUGAGUCACAACCUGAUAUUAAAUAUGAAGAGGAAAUUUACUUAGAAACGCCCAUGCUUGAUGAAGGAGUGGAUGACAGUUUAAUUAUCGAAGAUUAUGGCGAUAGUUCACAAGAAUCGCAGGAUCGACUGCAACCGUCGCCCACUACCAGAACACCAAAAAAAGUAAAAAAGGUAAAACUAGCAGAGACAAAGAAAAUCAAGAAAGAGAAACGGAUUCAUAUAUGUGAAAUCUGCGGUAAUAUAUAUCCCCGAAAUCAUGAGCUUCAGGUGCAUAUGAGGCGUCACCGAAAUGAGCGCAUCUACGAAUGCGAAAUUUGUGGUAAUUCGUUUCAUCUUAAAUGUGUAUUGGCACGACAUAUACGCACACAUACUGGAGAGCGACCAUUCGCGUGUCGAUAUUGCGAUCGUAAAUUUGCUUCUCGUUCCAAUAGGAUUGAUCAUGAGAGAGUGCACCGAAAUGAGCGGCCUUAUAAUUGCGAUAUCUGUGGCAAAAAUUUCACGUAUUCAGGGGUUUUAAAAGCGCAUAUGCUAACACACACUGGAGAAAAACCAUUUAGUUGCGGCAUUUGUGGUAAACGCUUUACACGGGGUCACCAUCUUCGGGCGCACCUGGAAACACUACAACAUCAAAAUGAUCCCCGUUCCAAAGUGCUUAUUAAGCAAAUUAAGCGGCAAGAAGAAUUAAACACUGUAUAAAAAUGUACUAUAAUUUCCUUUGAUAUACAAGCAUAUUUUUGCUAAUUUGGAAUUUGACUGCCCGGAAAAUUAUUUUCAAACUAG